AUGUCGUCUCAAGACUGGUGCAUCCUGUGCUUGGAACAUAACGAGGAAUUCAGCGAUAUCUUCCCCCUACUGAUACACCUCAAGCAGCGCCACCAUUUCCAAAUUGCUCUACAUGUCAUGCCCUAUUCCCCCGAAGGGCCACAACCUGAUACAGACUGGGUGUGCCACGAGUGUUAUCCAUGCUGCAGGAAGACAGGCGAUCUUGCCAUAUGGAAACACAUCUGGGAAGAUCAUUUCAUGGCCUUAGACUGUCUGUUCGGCAGAGCAGAGAAUGCAUCCAGCAAUCUCGAUGCCGGCUUUGAGGGCUGA